AUGAAGAGUAUUAAAGAAUUAAAGAAACAGUUGAAAGAUAUCAAAGAUAAAACAGAAUCUACUUCACAACAUGAAUGUGUUUUGAAAGCAUUAGAUGAUGAAAUUAACUAUGUAAGUGAAGUUGGAGCAGAAGAGAAAGCAUGGAUAAAGAAUGCAUGUGAAGAGGAGAUUAAUGAAGUAUAUAAAAAUCAUUUAAUCGAAUCUCAGAAUUUGCAAAAAUCAAUUGAAUCUAUGAUGAGUCUAUAUGCAGAAGUUAAUUUUAAAUUUUUACAAGAAGAAAAACGGCUCAGAGAUAAAGAUCGAAAGCUCCGAACUAAUCUUCAGAAUCUGAUAAAUGAUUAUGACAAACAAAUGUUUGGAAGAGAAGAUAAAUGCAAAAAAAUUAAAAAAAUGAAGCCGAUUAAAGAAGAAUACGACAAUAUAAUGCAAGAGAGAGACUUAAAAGAAAAACAAGAAAGAAUUGCCAAAGAGAGAAGGAAAAGGCAUCAGGCUGCUCGUAUGGUUCAGUCUGUUUGGAGAGGAUAUAAAUGUCGCAAAUUUAUAAAAGUUUUAAGAGCAAAAAGAAGUGGUAAAAAAGCAAAAGUAAAACAACAAUGA